GGGGUGGGAUGCCAUUAUAAAUGGCGUUUUCGGGGACAAUGCUGCAAGGUGGGACGCCAUUAUAAAUGGCGUUUUCGGUGUAGACAAUGCCGCCGCUUUCGGGUGCCAAGGUGGAGACGCAAAACGCCAUUAUGACAAUUAGUGUUUUCUUUGCAGUUUUUGUUUAAAAACGCUGUUUUGAUUAGGGUUUUCUGAUAGCUGACUUGCCACUCAACCCUCUUCUGUAAUUUCCUUAAUUCACACCCUUUUCUGAUAAAUUUAAUUCUAAAGUACAACUGGAGGGCAAAAACUCUUCACUCGAUCUUCCUCCUCUGUCCUCUCAGACUUUCCAUGGCAGGGUUGGCCUGUAAGUAAGGGCACUUACCAGUUGGUGUAGAGCAAAACAAAAGGCAAGUUCAAUAGACCAUUAAAACAAACGAUCAAGAAUCAACCAAACACAAUCUACACAGAAUCUCUUUUUUGUUUCGAUUUCCAUUUUUUCUUUUUUCUUUUUUUUUUUUAAUCUAUCUUGUGUUCUUGCGUUCUUGUUUUCUUUUCUUUCUGUGUGCAACAAUGGCUCCUAGCUUAAGCAAAGCUAGUUCAAGUGUUGCAGGGCUCAUUGAGACCUAUAACCAGUCUGGCAUCUCUCUUGAAGGAUCAAAUUUCACUGCCAAUGGUCAUGUCUUUCUCUCCGACAUCCCUGAGAAUAUCACAGUCACUCCCUCUCCAUACAGCCUCACAGACAAAUCUUUAUCCGCCGUCGGAUCCUUCAUUGGAUUCGACUCCAUGGAAGCCAAAGACGGUCAUGUUUUCCCCAUUGGGAAACUCAAGAACAUACGCUUCAUGAGCAUUUUCAGGUUCAAGGUCUGGUGGACUACCCACUGGGUUGGAUCCAAUGGCAAUGACCUUGAAAACGAAACCCAGAUGGUAAUUCUUGAUAAAUCCAAUUCUGGUCGACCCUAUGUUCUCCUUCUUCCUCUUCUUGAAGGUCCAUUCCGGGCGUCUCUCCAGCCAGGCGAUGACGACAAUAUCGAUAUUUGUGUCGAAAGUGGCUCCACCAAAGUCUCCGCCACAGGAUUCCGGAGCAUUCUUUACGUUCAUGUUGGCGACGAUCCGUUCAACUUGGUCAAGGAGGCGACGAAGGUGGUUAGACUUCAUUUGGGUACCUUCAAGCUGUUAGAGGAGAAGACUCCUCCAGGAAUAGUAGACAAGUUUGGGUGGUGCACGUGGGAUGCAUUCUAUCUUACCGUGCACCCUCAAGGUGUUUGGGAAGGUGUUAAGGGUAUCGUCGAAGGUGGAUGCCCACCAGGUUUCAUCUUAAUCGAUGAUGGGUGGCAAUCCAUCAGCCACGAUGAGGACCCAAUCACCAAAGAAGGCAUGAAUCACACGGUCGCCGGCGAGCAAAUGCCAUGCAGGCUAUUGAAAUUUCAAGAGAAUUACAAAUUCAGGGACUACGUGAGUCCUAAAAGCUUGGCCACCGGUUCCACUAACAAGGGCAUGGGUGCCUUUAUCAAGGACCUGAAGGAUGAAUUCAACACUGUUGACUAUGUCUACGUGUGGCAUGCACUAUGUGGGUACUGGGGUGGUCUGAGGCCAAAUGUCCCCGGACUCCCAGAAACGGUAGUGGAAAAGCCAAAACUGUCACCGGGAUUGAAGUUGACGAUGGAGGACCUGGCGGUGGACAAGAUCGUGAACACUGGCGUGGGGUUGGUCCGGCCAGAGAAAGUUGAUGACAUGUACGAGGGUCUUCACUCGCACUUGAAGAAGGUCGGGAUUGACGGCGUCAAAGUGGACGUUAUUCACUUGUUGGAAAUGGUGUGUGAGAACUAUGGAGGGAGAGUGGAUCUGGCAAAGGCAUAUUACAAGGCAUUAACAGCUUCAGUGAGGAAACAUUUUAAUGGGAAUGGAGUGAUUGCUAGCAUGGAACACUGCAACGAUUUCAUGUUCCUUGGAACUGAGGCCAUAUCUCUUGGUCGUGUUGGUGAUGAUUUUUGGUGUAUUGACCCAUCUGGUGAUCCAAAUGGCGCAUUUUGGCUACAAGGGUGUCACAUGGUGCAUUGUGCUUACAAUAGCUUGUGGAUGGGCAAUUUCAUUCACCCAGAUUGGGACAUGUUCCAGUCUACUCAUCCUUGUGCUGAGUUCCAUGCUGCUUCUAGGGCAAUUUCUGGCGGUCCUAUUUACAUUAGUGACUCUGUCGGGAACCACAACUUUCCAUUGUUAAAGCGUCUUGUUUUGCCUGACGGUUCAAUUCUGCGGUGUCAGUACUACGCCCUUCCAACCAAAGAUUGCCUCUUUGAAGACCCUCUACAUGAUGGCAAGACAAUGCUUAAAAUUUGGAACCUCAACAAGUUUACAGGAGUUAUAGGGGCAUUCAAUUGCCAAGGAGGGGGUUGGUGUAAGGAGACAAGAAGGAAUAAAUGUGCCUCUCAAUUUUCUCACAAGGUAACUGCCAAGACCAAUGCUAAAGACAUUGAAUGGAAGAGUGGCAAGAACCCAAUCUCCAUUGAAGGAAUCCAAGUUUUUGCCAUGUAUUUGUCCCAAGCCAAGAAGCUAGUCCUUUGCAACCCAAAUGAAAACAUUGAAAUAGCUCUAGAGCCAUUCCAUUUUGAGCUUGUCACUAUUUCUCCAGUCAACAUCAUAGCAGAAAAAUCAAUUCAAUUUGCACCUAUUGGCUUGGUGAACAUGCUAAACACUGGUGGUGCAAUCCAGUCAUUGGCCUACAAUGAUUCCAACCGAUCGGUCCGAAUUGGGGUGAAAGGUGCUGGAGAAAUGAGGAUCUUUGCUUCUGAAAAGCCAAGAGGCUGCAGAAUUGAUGAAAAAGAAGUUGGAAUUGAGUAUGAGGAGUGCAUGGUUGUUGUUCAAGUACCAUGGUCCGCUUCUUCUGGUGUGUCUAUAGUUGAGUAUUUGUUUUAGUGCUAGAUUUUAAUUAGGAGCUUGAUGACAUAUUGUUCUCCCCAAAACUAUAAGAAAGUGAGCAAUCGUAUAGCAUUAAA